AUGUGGAACCUGCUGCCCGAGACCGACUCGGCCGCGGUCGCCGGGCGCCGCCGGUGGCAGCUCUGCGCUGGGGCCCUGGUGCUGGCCGGCGGCCUCUUCAGCCUCGGCUUCCUCUGCGGGUGGUUUAUAAAAUACUCCAGGGAAGCUGCUUACGUUGUUCCACAGCACAGCGUAAAGAAGGCAUUCUUGGAUGAACUGAAAGCUGAGAACAUCAAGAAGUUCUUACAUAAUUUUACACGGAUACCACAUUUAGCAGGAACAGAACAAAACUUUCAGCUUGCAAAGCAAAUUCGAUCCCAGUGGAAAGAAUUUGGCCUGGAUUCUGUUGAGUUAGCCCAUUAUGAUGUCCUGUUGUCCUACCCAAAUAAGACUCAUCCUAACUAUAUCUCAAUAAUUGAUGAAGAUGGAAAUGAGAUUUUCAACACAUCAUUAUUUGAACCACCAUCUCCAGGGUAUGAAAAUGUCUCAGAUGUUGUACCACCUUUCAGUGCUUUCUCUCCACAAGGAUUGCCAGAGGGUGACCUAGUGUAUGUUAACUAUGCACGGACUGAAGACUUUUUAAAAAUGGAGCGGGACAUGAAAAUCAAUUGCUCUGGGAAAAUUGUGAUUGCCAGAUAUGGAAAAAUUUUCAGAGGAAAUAAGGUUAAAAAUGCUCAGUUGGCAGGGGCCACAGGAAUCAUUCUGUACUCAGACCCUGCUGACUACUUUGCUCCUGGGGUGGAGCCCUAUCCAGAUGGCUGGAAUCUUCCUGGAGGUGGAGUCCAGCGUGGAAAUAUCCUAAAUCUGAAUGGUGCAGGGGACCCUCUCACACCAGGUUAUCCAGCAAAUGAAUAUGCUUAUAGGCAUGGAAUUACAGAGGCUGUCGGUCUUCCAAAUAUUCCUGUUCAUCCAAUUGGAUACUACGAUGCACAGAAACUCCUAGAAAAAAUGGGCGGCUCAGCACCACCAGACAGCAGCUGGAAAGGAAGUCUCAAAGUGCCCUACAAUGUUGGGCCUGGCUUUACUGGAAACUUUUCUACACAAAAAGUCAAGAUGCACAUCCAUUCUAACAAUAAAGUGACAAGAAUUUACAAUGUGAUUGGCACUCUCAGGGGAGCAGUGGAACCAGACAGAUAUGUCAUUCUUGGAGGUCACCGAGAUUCAUGGGUGUUUGGUGGGAUUGACCCUCAGAGUGGAGCAGCUGUUGUUCAUGAAAUUGUGAGGAGCUUUGGAACACUGAAAAAGGAAGGAUGGAGGCCUAGAAGAACAAUUUUGUUUGCAAGCUGGGAUGCAGAAGAAUUUGGUCUUCUUGGUUCUACUGAGUGGGCAGAGGAGAAUUCCAGACUCCUUCAAGAGCGUGGUGUGGCCUAUAUUAAUGCUGAUUCAUCUAUAGAAGGAAACUACACUCUGAGAGUUGACUGUACACCACUGAUGUAUAGCUUGGUAUAUAACCUAACAAAAGAGCUGCAAAGCCCUGAUGAAGGCUUUGAAGGCAAAUCUCUUUAUGAGAGCUGGAGUGAGAAAAGUUCCUCACCUGAGUUCAGUGGCGUGCCCAGGAUUAGCAAAUUAGGAUCUGGCAAUGAUUUUGAGGUGUUCUUCCAAAGACUUGGAAUUCCUUCAGGUAGAGCACGUUAUACAAAAAAUUGGGAAACAAACAAAUUCAGCAGCUAUCCACUGUAUCACAGUGUCUAUGAAACGUAUGAAUUGGUGGAAAAGUUCUAUGACCCAACAUUUAAAUAUCACCUUACUGUGGCCCAGGUUCGAGGAGGGAUGGUGUUUGAACUAGCCAAUUCUGUAGUGCUCCCUUUUGACUGUCGAGAUUAUGCUGUAGUUUUAAGAAAGUAUGCUGACAAAAUCUACAAUAUUUCAAUGAAACAUCCACAAGAAAUGAAAACAUAUGGUGUAUCAUUUGAUUCACUUUUUUCUGCAGUAAAGAAUUUUACAGAAAUUGCUUCUCAGUUCAGUGAGAGACUACAAGACUUCAAGAAAACCAACCCAAUAUUAUUGAGAAUUAUGAAUGAUCAACUGAUGUUUCUGGAACGAGCAUUUAUUGAUCCUUUAGGGUUACCAGGCAGGCCUUUCUAUAGGCAUAUCAUCUAUGCUCCAAGCAGCCACAACAAGUAUGCAGGGGAAUCCUUCCCAGGAAUUUAUGAUGCUCUGUUUGAUAUUGAAAGCAAAGUGGACCCUUCCAAAGCUUGGGGCGAGGUGAAGAGACAGAUUUCUAUUGCAUCCUUUACAGUACAGGCUGCAGCAGGAACUUUGAGAGAAGUAGCCUAA